AUGCUCCCUCUCGGUUUCAUAGGUCUUCAAUUGCGCGAGCUGGAAAAGGUGCGGAGUCAUGGCGUCAAUUCAUUAGGCGGUACCACUGAGCGUGAUUCACAAUAUCGCUCCAAGUCGCGAUCGGCACACAAACUGCGCAAGCUCCACGGUCACGGUCACAACGUCAGCCAGCAGCACCCACACCAUCCAGAGAAGAAGACCUCGACGGCGCGUCCAAUCAGUAUGAUUACGCUUUCUGAUGGCAGUAUGAGCUCACUCUCAUGCACCACUACGUCGGCAUCCAAUUCAUCAAACUCUUCUUCGGAACAAAGAUCGAGUGCCUCUUCUACUGCCUCCUCCUCUGCUUUCCUUGGCCCCAAUGGAAAGUUUGAUCUUUUGAAUGUUCUUCUUUCUGCUGUUUUCACAGGCGGUUCGUUGCAACAUGCGGCACCACGCAGACGUGUGUCAAACGAUGCAUCGACAACGCCAGUAGCUAAGGCCAAGUUCGGCAGCACAGCGACCCUCACGGAGGGUGGUGGUGGCAGUGUAAACGGAGACGACGAUGAGGAGUCGGAAGUUGAGAGGGUGGCCUCCUCCAGCCACUAUUGGUACGCCAACGAUGGUGGCGAAGGUGAAGCCGACAAUGGCAGUGUGGGUAGCAACGGCGAUUACAACUCGGAUAUCGACGAAAAUGAUGACGAAUGGCCAGAACGAGUGCUCGAAGUUGCAGGUGUUUUGCCCUCGGAAAAGGCUGAGGUUGUCGAUAUUCGGUCGCGCCCUCCACUUCCCCCCAUUGAGCAUAAUGGCAAAAUUGGACAAAUUCCUCAACAUGCACCUCAAUCGUCAGAGGAAGCACCUCCCUUACUACAGACUUCUUCAACGCCCUCUUCAAAAAUGCGAUUCCCGGUUCAGCCAACGCAGUUCGAGUACACUUUUCGUCGGCACAUCCAUCGCCGUCCUCAUGCCCACCAGCUGUCCUCCCAACACAUUACCGACAAGUGCCAACGUGAUCUCUACAUUUGUCUCCUCCAGCUCCUGGCCAAUCUUACCGAAGAACCGAUUGCUAUGCUGCUACGCAGUCUGUCCGAUGCAGAACGUGCAGACUUUCUCAAACUGCUUACGUAUGUUGUGUAG